AUGGAUCCAAAUUCUCAACAACAACAACAACAACAACAACAACAACAACAACAACAACAACAACAACUGCAGUAUCAACCCCUGCAACAACCCCAACAUUUCAGCAUGCUUCCCGUACAUUUGCAGGAAAGUCAACAAUUAGCAACUACUGAAGAAGAACCAGAGGUGCACUCUCCUUCAAUGGUUCCUGCUCAUCUUGCUCAACAUUCAAGUAUAGCUUCUGCACCUCCUGUGUUUCUGGGGCAAACGCAAAACAAUAUGAUGGUGAUGACGACCAAUUGGGGAGCACCACAAAGUAAAACAAGUUCAAGUAUUGAUGGUAAUGAUGUUCCAACUCAGAUUCCUACAGGGUACGAAGCUGGCCUUGAUGGUAAUUAUCACCAGCAUCAUAUCCCACAACAUCUCCAGUACUAUAGUCAGGGACAAACAACAUCUUCGCAACUGAGCUUGAACUCCUACUCAAACCCAAAUGCAAUCAGCUUUGGAAGACUGUCAUCGUCACCUUCCAUCUUGUCACAGCCCAAUAGACCCCAAGUGUUUCCACUUCAGACGUACCCCGUGUUUUUGCAACAUCAUUUGCAGCAGCAACAACAACAGCAACAACAACAACAACUUCUCCAACUGUCUCCUCCACCCCCUAUAGCUAAUAUUCCCGUACCUAAUAAUAUAGAUGUUGCUCAGUAUCCUGACAUGACUACCCUAGUCAACUCCAAUAGUCUAUUACCACUCCCUUUGGUUGAGCACCGGUUUGUUGACCACAAGGUUUGUGAGAUUUGCGGCAAGAGAAUUACUAGAGAUAUGUCGCGACAUAUGCGAACGCAUCAAGUUGAAGCAAGAUUUACUUGCAAGUUCCCCAAAUUGCAAUGCCGGCAUAAGCUGGGACGAUUCAAUAGACCUUAUGAUUACAAAAAGCACUUGCUAAAUCGACAUUUCCAAUUUGACGAUCCCGAUAUCAAGAGAUUGCACAACCUAAGUGACAAGUUGAACUCUUGGGGCACGUGUCCCUGUGGAAUAAGAUUUCUUGCCAGCGUAUGGUUGAGUGAACACAUACUUGUAGAAGACUUGAGUAGGAGAUGCCACUUGUUGGAGAUUUGA